UGCCAGCCGCACCCAAAGCGGAAGAGGAGUGACGACAGGGAAUGUUGUGCUAACGGUUAGCCACAGCAGGCUAACUUUGUCUUUUAGUUGAUUUCUUAUUUCCCCAAAUCUCCGGGAAAGUCGCCAGAUGCAGCUCGGCUCUGUGGAAUAUCCCUUCAGUUAAGCUCGAGAAGAAACGGAGACAUGAACGGGAGCACGAACCCGCUGCUGGACAAAGAGGAGCAUGUUUUGAAGCUCGGAGAAAGCUUCGAGAAGAGGCCAAAAUCUUCCUUUCACACCAUCAGAUAUGACUUUAAACCAGCAUCUAUCGACACAAGCUGUGAGGGAGAGCUACAAGUUGGGAAAGGAGACGAAGUUACCAUAACGUUACCUCACAUCCCGGGCUCCACGCCUCCCAUGACGGUAUUCAAAGGAAACAAGCGGCCGUACCAGAAGGACUGUGUGCUCAUCAUCAACCAUGACACCGGGGAAUUCGUACUGGAGAAGCUGAGCAGCAGCAUCCAGGUCAAGAAAACCAGGGCGGAGGGCAGCAGUAAGAUCCAGGCCCGGAUUGAGCAGCAGUCGGUCCGGUCCAGCCAGCCCACUUCUCAGUUCCGGGCCCCCACCAAGCCCGGGACUGGAGUCAAGACCUCCCCAUCUCCUUCUAAGGAUAAUCCCUCCCCAGAGCCUCAGCUCGAUGACAUCAAAAGAGAGCUGCGAGCGGAGGUGGAGGUGAUAGAGCAGAUGAGCAGCAGCGGCAGCAGCAGCUCCUCUGACUCAGCCAGCGCCUCGGGGAGCGGCGACGACAGCAGCAGCAGCGACGCCGAGCACGACUUCCCCCGACCGCUCACCCAGACCUCCCCCAACCGCCACCCCAUGGCCAACGGAGGAGCCGACCGGCAGCAGGGCAACAACCAGCUCAUGAACACACUACGAAACGACCUUCAGCUCAGCGAGUCGGGCAGCGACAGCGACGACGACUGAACCCUGGUCAGUCUCUCUCUCUCUCUCUCUCCACACUCCUCCUCCUCCUUUCUGCCUGGUUCACUUAUUCCUUUGCUGUGAUAGCUGACCCCAGCUGUAUAUCUUGGUUUGACUGUAUUUUUCAUUUUAUUUUAGUAUAUCCUUAAAGCUGGCCAGCCUGGAACUUUAAGAGUGUAUUUUUAUUAGAUGUAUAUUUUGUUUUGUAUAGCAAAACUUUUACUUGAGAGGUUUGGAAGAGUAUAUAUUAGAGUGCACAUACAUAUUUUCUGUACUUAGAGCAGCUAGUUUUCUCUACUUAUCAUCUGUUUUUGUGGUCUUUAUCGUAAGGCAAGGAAGCGAUUGUGUUGAAGUAUCACCCCUCAUCCUCUCACCUUGCCUCGUCGUUUAUCAGAGAAGGUUGUGGGAACCCUCUCCAUGUUUUUAUCGGUUCGCUAAGAAUACAAAAAAUUGCAGAAUUGCACAGAUAGCCUGUGCAUGAGCAACAAAUCAAAGAAAAAAGUUUUUUUUAUCAUCAGCGUAUGUUAAGAUCAGUGUAGAGCUGCCUUACUGAUCUCAACUAUAGUUUCUUAGUCACAGUUUUAAACUGUUGCUGAAUAUUUUAACACUUAUGUCCUUCAUUAAAGGAUAAGGAUAUUCUAUCAAUAAAUCCCAUGAAAAGACCAACCCUGGCUGUCUGUGGCUCUGAAGACAUGAAUCUAUAAAAACAGCUCACACAUAAAUAGUUUUAUUUUCCUAAAAGCACAGUAGUGUCCUCAAAUAGCUGGACAGUUUUUAGCAAACGUUACUAAAACAGUAAAUAAUGAAUUUCUUGGGACUAUUUUCAGCGGCGGAUUAAUCCACAUUUGGUGCUCCAGUGAGUAUUUGUGGCAGCAGUACAGUGUAUGUGAGAUUGAGUUAAAAUAACCCACAGUGUGUAUGUUCAUAGUAAUAAAGGAACAUGAAUAAUGUAACAUUGAUCUGUUUUUAAUAGUUUUUUGACAACAUUAGUGCUUUGAUACACACAAUAGUUUUUAGGAUCAAUUCAUUGCAGGUUUUGGUCUUUUCAUGGGAUUUGCUGCCAGUAAGAGAAAUAUAUAGAAUUUAGCCAGUUUAUAAAACAGUUAUCUAAUUAAAGUGGAAUUUACCUAAAUUAAAUUUCAGGUUGCUGUUCUGUAAUUAUUUCACUUCAAGGUUAUGGCAAAAUUAGUGACAUAACCUUAUAGGAAAUUUGAUUUAGAUUCAGACUAAUUUGAUUUAGAUUUCUGGCAUCUAGUGCCACAUAGCACAAUGUCUACGAGCUGGAGCCAAGUUACAGAUGUUUAAAGCUGCAUUUAAAACUCAAACUCGCAGACACACAGACCUGAUAUAUAUCAGCUGAUUGCGUUGUUAUGCUCAUGUGUUAGCAAACAGUUGAAUGUAAGUCUAGUACUCACUUUCCUUUUAGCUCUGUCCACCAGCAACUGAGGAAAAUAUGUGGCUGCAGUUGUUGAUGAGAGCUGAGAGAACUCAAACGUACAGUUUGUUUGUAGCUGGAGAAUCAAAAACUAUGAGCUUAAAGAGGCUAACAAUCCCAGCCGAGCUGCAGAGGUGGCUGUUAUUAGCAGUGUUACCAAAUUAAACAUAGGCAGCCAUUUGAUUGUACACUACAUGUCCUGCACCAAACAGAGGAGGAGUUAGUAAGUUGGUAGUUUACUACAACAAAUGCAUUUUCUUAGCUGUGUGUAGGUAUCGCCAUCAUUACUUCCGUCCUUCUCUUCCUUUUCCAAAGUCACAGUAAAUCCCACGGAUUCACAGUAUAACCAGUUACAGUAUCAGAGUUGCAUUUCAGAGAAUUACUGAUGAUAUCAAACACUCCACAGUCUGUUGAGAUCAUCAAAGUUAAAAUCGGAGUCUAGAUUUGAGACAUAAAAAACACCUGAAACUCAACUUAUAGAUGAUUAAAUCUGGAAAAGGGAAAACAAUCCCUCGAAGAGCUUUAUUUUCCUAUAAUUUAUUUUCCAAAUGACCACUAUUUGUUUCACGUUUGUUGUGUCAGCCGUGUCAUUGUUUUCAAACAGAGAAUAUCUUAUUUUUCAGUCAUUUUCAUAUAACACUUAUAUUAUAGGACCAUUCCAUGCCUUACAGCAUUUCAGUUUGGAUAUGAAGGUUGAAUGCGUCGUUUUCUGAGAAUGCCAAAGAGUUGAACUGCCCCUCAUCAUGUGCAGAGAGCAGGAACGUUCAGAGUAACAGUGUCCUGUCAGUGUGUAAAUGUAUUCAGUUUGUUUUAACGGAGACUGUGUUGUGUACGAGUAGUGAAGUCAGUGAUUAUCUGCAGGAGUCAGUAUCAUUUGGUGUUGGUUGUACAGUAUUGUGUAUACAUGGUAUCAUUAUUAAUGCCUCAAAGGCAAAACACAGAAUCAUGAUAAUUUGAUCAAAUGGCCAAAUUUAAAGGGAUGUUCCCUUCUUAUUAAUUAGACAACUGAUCUGAUGUUAGAGUCCUGAUCAACUAACAAAUCUGUAGUUGAGGAAGAAGAAGCAGGAGUUAUUUGUCAUUACCCCACAAUUGUUUUCUCUUAUUUUACCUGCUGUAAUUAGACACUUUGUACUGUAGAGUGUACAAUAUGUAAGGCUGCAACUAACUAUUUUUAUUAUCAACUAAUCUGCUGAUUAUUUUUUUAUUGGAUUGAUUAACUGUUUGGUCUAAAAAUAUCAGAAUGUACUUAGAGCUGGGUAUCAUUUAAAAUGUUUUCAAUACUAUGACUUUGAUACCGGUUCCUGAACAAUACUUUUUUCGAUACCAAUAUUAUGAAAUGGAUACAUUUUAACAUUGUAUCCGACUAUAUAUAACAUAAAUAAUCAAAAGGAACAUUAAUAACAAACAGUAAACAGAAAUGUGGUACCGAAUGACGAGAGAUUACUUGAUAGUAUCGAAGCAAUUCCGUCAGUGCCAUAUAAGCAUUGGCGUUUUGUACUUUUGGUGCUGACAUUUUGUUUCUGACCUACAGUCUAAAACCAAAAGAUAGUUUACUGUCAUUGAGAAACUAAACACAAAUAUUAUACUGUCAUCCUAAGACAUUUUUUCAUGACAUCAUUACAUCGUUAAAGCUUAGAGAAUGUCAUCUACAUUUUCAACUAUUUACUAAUGAAUAUUACACAUUUUAAAAACCCAAAUAGUUUUGUGGCAUUUUGAAAUGAAACCCUUCAAUCACAGGUAAAAUGAAGUUUGGGGAACAUUUCCAUAUUGCUAAAAUGAUCUGCUAUGUAACAGUUGUUGGUAUUUUAUAUUGUAGUUGUGUUUCUCAAAAGCUUCUUUAGAUGAGGUUCAGUUUUGCUUCAUGAGCUCACACAACCGAGGAUUGUGAGUUAUGAGAUGCCUGUAAACAGUUACUGACCUACCACACAGUAACAGUUUUAAAGAUCCUGCCUCUUAAAAGAAAGUACCAGUUAACUGUGGAAUUUAACCAUGUGCAAGUUCAGACUGUGGACCAUUAAUUUGUAAACCCUACAUCACCCGUCAGUUGUUGUCCUACUCAGUUUGAAACUUCUCCUGUACUUGAAGUCAAAGUGGAUGGUGAGUUGUUGAAUGAAGCAGCCACUGAGGCAGGUGGCCACUGAAGUCACACUCACUGGUGUUCCCUCUGAAAUCUGUUUUGUUGUAUUUGGUGCUUUAGUUUUUAUGUUUUUGUUUUAGUGCUACGUUUACGUGAAACAUGUUUGUACAGAUCUGUAUUAAAAGUGUGCAAAUGUAUUUAAAAUUGUU